GCCAGGCCCCUCCCAGACCCUGCACCAGAACACCAGCUCCCACUGCAUCCCAGCUUCUGGACAGUACACAUGGGGGGCCUGGGGCCCUGGGCCCGAUAUGGGCUGCUGGCAGUGGCCCACCUGCUGGCCCUGGGGCUGGGGGCAGUCGUGCUCCAGGCCCUGGAGGGUCCCCCUGCCCACCAGCUGCAGGCCCAGCUCAGGGCCGAGUUGGCCACCUUCCAGGAGAAUCACCGGGCCUGCCUGGCCCCUGGGUUGCUGGAGGAGCUUCUGGCCUUGGCCCUGGCUGCGCAGGCCCAUGGGGUAUCCCUCCUGGGCAACAGCUCAGAGGCUGGGAACUGGGACCUGCCCUCGGCCCUGCUCUUCACCUCCAGCCUCCUCACCACCGCCGGUUAUGGCUGCAUGGCCCCGCUGUCAGCGGGUGGGAAGGCCUUCUGCGUGGUCUACGCGGCCCUGGGGCUGCCGGCCUCGCUGGCCCUGGUGGCCGCCCUCCGUCGGGGCCUGCAGCCUGCACUCAGCCGCCCGUGGGCCUGGGUGGCCGCCCGCUGGCAGCUGGCACCGGGCUGGAUGGCGCCGCUGCAGGCAGCUGGCCUGGGCCUGCUGGUGGUGAGCAUCUUCGUGUUGCUACCGGCCCUGGUGCUGUGGGGGGCCCAGGAGGGCUACAGCCUAUUGGAGGCCGUCUACUUCUGCUUCGGCUCCCUCAGCACCAUCGGCCUGGGGGACCUGCUGCCCGCGCGGGGCCGUGGCUUGCACCCUGCACUCUACCACUUGGGCCAGCUCGCGCUUCUCGGAGCGGCGGGUUUGUGGUGCAGCCCCAGCAAUAACCCUGGAGAAGAAAAAAAAAGAAAACAGGGGGAAAUGACCACCAGGAGCAGUGGAGUCGUCGUGCCAGCACUGAGCCUCAGCGAUGACCCUGCGGCAAUUAAAAAAAGUUACAUGUUCCUGGGACUCCUGGCCAUGCUGCUGGCUGUGGAGACAUUCUCGGAGCUGCCACAGGUGCGAGCCCUGGUGACGUACUUCAGGCCCACUCAUCCCGAGAGCUCAGAGGACCAAGGCGGCAUCCUGGACCAGGAUGAGCUGGCUCUGAGCGCUGUGCCCGCUGCUGCCACAGCCCCGGGGCAGGUCCCAGCUUGCUAGCAGGGCCUGGCCGAGGAGGAAGCCGCUGGGAGGCGGGGGCACCGGGCGGGAUUCUCAGGGAAGACACGUGGUAGCAAAAGUAAAAGCAGGGCUGGGCGGUGGCCAGGUUCAAGCCUCCAGCCCCCACUUACAGGAAAAAGUUUCACAAGCACUAGGCUGUGCUGCAGGUGUCUCUUUCUCCCCCUUCCAUCUCAGUUUCUGUCUCUAUCAAGUAAAUAAAUACUGGAAAAGAAAAA